AUGUCUAAGAGAAAUCAAAACAAUGUUGUUGCGGCUACACAAAUGCAAGAUAGUCAGACAGGGAGAUUAAUUUGGACAGAUAAAAUGCUAGAGGAUUAUGUAGACAUAUGUGUUAGUGAGAUUUAUGCUGGGAAGGAAACUGGCCUUGGAUGGGAUUCGGUGAAGAAGACAAUUGACGCUACGGAUGAGUGGUGGGAAAAAAAGUUACAGGAAAUUCCAGAAGCGGCUAAGUUUCGGAAUGCAGGUUUGACUCAUAUUUCCAAGUUGGAUAUAAUGUUUAGGGGUAUAACUGCCACUGGUGAGGGAGCUUGGGCCCCAUCCUUUAGAUUGGGUUUUGAAGAUGUAGUAAGAUUUGAUCAGGAUAACGAUGUGAUGUUAGACGUAGAAGAGAUUGAUGACUCGGAUGAUGAACCUGGUGAUAUUCAUGCAGAUUUAGACACUCAGACGAAAGAAUCUAAACGGGCUACACCUACAAUCCAAGAUAGGAAAAGGAAAAGAGGAAUUCAAAUAUUUGAUCAACAUUUCACACGUCUUUGUGAUGUUCUUGAAAAGCGGGUUACAACAUCAUCCUCUGAUAAACCUGGCCGUAGCAUUGAUGAGGUUAUGGCUAUUGUACGAGAGUUAGCUGAGAUAGAAAAUGACUAUGAGUUUUUUAGGGGUGCAAGUGAGACAUGGAGAAUAAUGGUUACGAUACUGAAGAAUAUACAAGCGAUGCCGAUAAUGGUGAAAAAGAAGAAAAAGAGGAUGAUAUUGACUUUAUGA